CUACUAAUAGCAAUAGUAGCAGCAGUGCAGUCACUGUGAAGCAAGUCUGGGGGAUUCUCUUACUCAAUAUCCUCACGCGCGCCUAUUGCUUAUCUUUCAGCCGCCCCACUACGCCGUUGCCGCUUUCGAUUUUUUCGUGUUGCUCUUUCUGUUGUUUCCUUUCACCACUCUCUUCCUCUGACCCGUCUUCUCUCACCCCGUCUCUCUGCUAUCCAACGACAGAAUGGUCCUCCAAGGCGUCGCUCCUCCUGAACCCAUCGAGUCCAAGCAGGUCACCGACAAGUAUGACGCGGACCUGGAAGAAAACGACCUCAAGCCUGUCCAGCCCGUCGACAACCACUAUGUCGACCCCUUCGCUACCGACGAGGCCUCUGCGGUCAAGUACAAGUCGCUGAAGUGGUGGCAGUGUGGAAUGUUCAUGAUUGCGGAAUCUGUCUCGCUGGGUGUCCUCUCGUUGCCAGCCACUCUGGCUGCCAUUGGCUUGGUGCCCGCCAUCGUCAUCAUCGUCGGUCUCGGUAUCGUCGCGCUCUACACCGGUUACACCAUUGGCCAGUUCCGUACGCGUUACCCUCACAUCCACAACCUCGCGGAUGCUGGCGAGAUCAUCAUGGGUCGCUUUGGCCGUGAGCUGUUCGGCUUUGGUCAGCUGCUCUUCUCCAUCUUCAUCAUGGGGAGCCAUAUCGUCACGUUCACCACCAUGAUGAACACCAUCACCGACCACGGUACCUGCUCCAUCGUCUUUGGUAUCGUGGGUAUGAUCAUCUGCAUGGUUCUGUCCCUGCCCCGGACCAUCAAGAACAUGACCUACAUUUCCAUUGCGUCCUUUGUCAGCAUCUUCACCGCCGUCUUGAUCACCAUGAUCUCCGUCGGUGUCCAGUUCAAGGGCGGCGACAUCAACAUCACCACCGAGACCAACCUGUACCACUCGUUCACCGCCGUUACCAACAUCGUCUUCGCGUACUGCGCGCACGUCGCCUUCUUUGGUCUCAUUGCUGAGAUGGAGAAGCCCCAGGACUUUCCCAAGGCGCUCUGCAUGCUGCAAAUCUUCGAAAUUUGCUUGUAUGUGAUCGCUGCGGUCGUCAUUUACUACUUUGUCGGCAACGAUGUCGCUUCGCCUGCUUUGGGUUCCGCCGGUCCCGUCAUGAAGAAGGUCGCUUAUGGAAUUGCCAUUCCCACUAUUAUCGGUGCCGGUGUCGUCAACGGUCACGUCGGGUUGAAAUACCUCUAUGUUCGCAUCUGGCGCAAGAACCCUCAGCGCAUGGGCGGACGCGAUCUGGUCUCAGUCGGCUCCUGGGUAGCCAUUGGUUUGACUUGCUGGGUUAUCGCCUGGAUCAUCGCAGAGGGCAUCCCGAGUUUCAGCAACCUGUUGAGUUUGAUCAGUGCGCUGUUUGCCAGUUGGUUUAGUUUCGGUCUUGGUGGUGUGUACUGGUUGCACCUCAACUGGGGUCGGUACUUUUCUUCUCCCCGUAAGAUCGCCCUGACGAUCAUUAACGUUUUGAUUGUGGGAAUUGGCGCAACGAUAUGCGGACUCGGUCUGUAUGUGUCGGGCAAAGCCAUCCAUGACGACUCCUCCAAGGCCAGCUUUACAUGCGCCAACAAUGCUUAACCGUUUUCAGCAUUUAAGUUUCAUGUUCUUAAGCAUCGGUGUUUUGCGCAUAUAGAUUGGGGCAUGUUUUAGUGUCGUUUCGGUCACGACUGUACAUAGCUUAUGACCUGAUGUUCCAAAAUUUGAUGAUUUGACUUAACUUGCGAUACCGAGGGUAAUAUGACAUGUGAAACUCGCAAUGCAUGUCUCAAUUUCUGGAAUCCAGAGAUCCCAAACAGAGGAUGUCGGAAUAAGCCCCGGAAUUGGGCAGACCAAAAAACAGUCAACUCGCCCCGCAGAUCACCCUUUUCGACACGUGAAAAUGUAUUGAGUUUGAGCAAGAUUAUUUAUGCGUACCCUUUUCCCUGUGUGCGUGUGCGCGCGUGUUUUCAACAUAGUUGCGG